AUGGAGCCCUCCCAGGAUUACUACUUCAGUGUCCUCCCUGGUCUCCUGAUCUUCCCGGCUUCAUCCCACAUUUACCACCGCUACAUUAAUCUUCCUUUUAUCAUGUCACCUCCUUGCUUCAAUGUGAAGAUUGUAGGUAUUGGAGCAUCUGAAAAACUUGCUAUUCUUCAAGGCUGUCCUGGACUUCCUGGAGCAGCUGGUCCAAAAGGAGAUGUUGGGCCUCCAGGAAUGAUAGGGGAAAGAGGACCCCCUGGGAGCCCAGGAGAAUUAGGAACGCAGGGUCCCAAAGGAGACAAAGGAGAUCCAGGAAAGCCUGGAAGAAUAGGUGAGGAGCUGGAAACUCAGCUGUGCAAGACAGGGGCAAGAAAUUGUAAGGAACUGCUGGGCAGAGGGAAUACUCUCAGUGGCUGGUACACCAUCUACCUCUCUGACUGCAAGUCUCUGACUGUGCUGUGUGACAUGAACACUGAUGGAGGAGGCUGGACUGUUUUCCAGAGACGGGUUGAUGGAUCUGUGAACUUUUUCCGGUCCUGGACUGCUUAUAAGAGGGGUUUUGGAAGCAGGCUGGGAGAGUUUUGGCUGGGAAAUGAUAAUCUUCACUUGCUGACAACUCAGGAUGACAGUGAACUCCGUAUCGAUCUCCAAGACUUUGACCACAAUCACCAUUUUGCCAAGUACAGUUCGUUCCAGGUUGCUGGGGAGAUUGACAACUACAAACUGAAUCUGGGAGCCUUUGUGGAUGGAAAUGCAGGUGACUCCCUGAUGUAUCAUAACCAUUUUGGCUUCACUACCAGAGACCGGGACAAUGAUGCAUAUGAGGGCAACUGUGCUAUGAUCUACCAGGGGGCCUGGUGGUACAAUGAUUGCCACGUGUCCAACCUCAAUGAAUCUGGAGAGAACCUCACUGUCUUUUCAUCUUCUCCCAUCAACUCCAAUGCACCCAAAGGGUCUGAUGACACACUGUAACUUCAAGAUUGAAGUGGCAUUUUCUGGAGCUGGCUGUAGGCAGCAGAAGAGCAAUUGGCUGAAGUUACAGGGAGAUAGCUUUGGACUUGACAUAAGGAAGAAUUUUCUAAUAGAAUUUUCAAACAAUGAAACUGAACUGACUGCUUCAAAAUAGUAAUAAUGGCUAAUAUUUACAUAGAUUUCUCCCCCUCAGGCAAUUGGGGUUAAGUGACUUGCCUAGGGUCACACAGCUAGGAAUUGUUAAGUGUCUAAGAUCAGAUUUUAACUCAGGUCCUCCUGACUUCAGGGCUGGUACCCUACCCACUGCACCAGGUACCUGCCCCCAUUUAUAUGUUAUUUUAAGGUUUGCAAAGUUCCUUACCCUAAGUUAUCUUGUUUUAUCUAAUCUUGUGAGAUGUGGGAUAUUAUGUGCAUUUUAAAUAUGGGAUAUUAAUUCCAUUUUAUACUUUUGGAAGGUGAAGCACAUAGAAGUUAAAUGAAUUACUCAAAAGUUACACAACUUAGUAGUCGGUCAACAAACAUUUAUUAAGCUCCUACUGUGUGCCACACAUUGUACUAAGCACUGGGGAUACAAAGACAAAAAGAUUUAUUUCUUUUUCUUUUGGGGAUAAUUGGGGUUAAGUGACUUAUCCAAGGUCACACAGCUAAAUAUCUGAUGCUGGAUUUGGACUCAGGAAAAUAAAUCUAAUUUAGGUAAAGUGCUUUGUUUUAUUGCAUCACCUAGCUAUCCCAAGACAAAAGAAUUUCUUUUUUUCUUUUUUAAAUAGCUUUUUACUUUCAAAAUACAUGCAAAGAUAGUUUUCAACAUUUACCCUUGUAAAACAUUGUUUUCAAAAUUUUUCUCCUUCCCUCUCACCCCCUCUCCUAGACAGCAUGUUUACCUAUAUGUGGUAAACAUGUAUAAUUCUUCUAUACCUAUUUCCACAUUUGUCAUGCUGCACAAGAAAAAUUAGAUUGAAAAGAGGAAAAAUGAGAAAAAUAACAAAAAGCCAAACAAAAAAAAAAAAAAAAGGAAAAAGCAAACAAAAACAAAAAAAGGUGAAAAAAUUAUGUUGUGAUCCACAUUCAGUCCCAAAAGUCCUGACAGACAUCUUUCAGGAUGCAGAUGGCUCUCUUCAUCACAAAUCUAUCAGAACUGCUUUGAACCAUCUCAUUGUUGAAAAAAGCCAAGUCCUUCAGAAUUGAUUAUCACAUAAUAUUGUUACUGUGUACAAUAGUCUCCUGGUUCUACUCACUUCACUUAGCAUCAGUUCAUGUAAGUCUCUUCAGACCUCUCUGAAAUCAUCCUGCUGAUGAUCAUUUCUUAUAGAACAAUAAUAUUCCAUUACACUCACAUAUUAUAACUUUUUCAGCCAUUCUCCAAAUGAUGGACAUUCACUCAAUUUCCAAUUUCUUGCCACUACAAAAAAGGCUGAAACAAACAUUUUUGCAUGUGUGGGUCUCUUUUCCUCCUUUAUGACCUCUUUAGGAUACAAGUCCAGUAGUAACACUGCUGGAUCAAAGGGUAUGCACAGUUUGAUAGUCCUUUGGGCACAAUUCCAGAUCGCUCUCCAGAAUGGUUGCAUUAGUUCACCACUCCACCAACAAUGUAUCAGUGUCCCAGUUUUCCCGCAUGCCCUCCAACAUUUGUCAUUAUCUUCUCCUGUCAUUUUAGCCAGUCUGAGAGG